AUAGAAAAAGAAUUUCAUUUGUCUUGUGGGGAAUUUUAUCAGUUCGAAUUGUAAAUUAUAGGGUUUCGGGUUCGCAGAGCUGAGAGAUGGAAGCAGCAGCAACAUCGAGUGUUUUUCAAUCAUCAAUCGCCGCCUCCAGGCCUUCCAAUUUGAUUGCCCGACCGGGGAUUUUGACGGCCAAUGGACCCCGAUUUCUGCGUUUGGGUCCCAAAACUCACUCGCCAAUCAAGCAGCAUCAGUUUUCAAUCUGUCAACCGAAGGUGGGGCAUAGGAGAAUGGGAUUUGGAAGCAGGAGAGGCUUCGUGGUUAGGGCGGUAGCUGCAUCUUCGUCUCCGGACUCAGCUGGUUCUGCUUCUCCAAUCGCCCCACUUCAGCUGGAGUCUCCAAUUGGGCAGUUCCUCUCUCAGAUAAUGAUUAGUCACCCACACCUUGUGCCUAGUGCAGUGGACCAGCAGCUUGAACAGCUUCAAACCGACCGCGAUGCUGAGCAAAAGAAGGAACAGAAGGAAGAGCCUUCCGCUUCUGGUACCGACCUUGUUUUGUACAGGAGGAUCGCCGAGGUUAAGGCUACCGAAAGGAGAAAGGCUCUUGAAGAGAUUUUGUAUGCUUUGGUGGUGCAGAAAUUCAUGGAUGCUAAUGUUUCCCUAGUACCUGCCAUUAGCCCAACUUCAGACCCUUCUGGCCAAGUUGAUUCAUGGCCAACUCAAGAUGAGAAGCUCGAGCAGCUUCACUCUCCUGAAGCGUACGAGAUGAUUCAAAACCACCUGUCUCUCAUCCUAGGAAAUCGGUUGGGUGACUCGUCCUCUUUAGCAAAGAUUAGCAAACUCAAAAUCGGGCAGGUUUAUGCAGCCUCUGUCAUGUAUGGGUACUUCCUCAAACGGGUUGACCAGAGGUUUCAGCUUGAGAAGACAAUGAAGAUCCUUCCAGGUGCAAUGGGUGCCAAAGACAGUGAUAUUCACAAAUCAGUGGGGGAGGACAUGAGGCCUGGCAGUGGAGGGGAGACUUUGCAAGCAGGGGUGUCUUCCCAUCCUGAAGUCCCUUCCUUGGCCGGAGGCAUUAGUCCUGGGGGUUUUGGCAAUGCGCUCAAGCAUUCCCGCUUACGGACCUAUGUGAUGUCAUUUGAUGGAGAGACCCUUCAUAGGUAUGCAACAAUUAGAUCGAGAGAGGCCAUUAGCAUCAUUGAAAAGCACACCGAGGCAUUGUUUGGGAGACCCGAUAUUGUCAUCACACCUCAGGGGACUGUUGAUUCCUCCAAGGAUGAUCUCAUCAAGAUUAGCUUUGGUGGUUUGAGGAGACUUGUUUUGGAAUCUGUGACUUUUGGCUCUUUUCUUUGGGACGUUGAGAGCUAUGUGGAUUCCAGGUAUCAUUUUGUUGCAAACUGAGUUAUGUCGAGUUAAAGAUCGAUCCUGCCAUGGUAAAACUCGGUGGUGCAUUGGAGCCCCAACUGCCCUUCUCAAAUGGGAUAAUUGAGGGUAGACCUAGUGAAAAAUACCAAAUCUUUGGUGCUAAUUGCUGUGUAUAAACAGUUAAAAAAUUUCUUUUGUCCGUGUAAUAAUAAGGCUUUGUAGGAUUGUCAAACUUCCUGUAAUUUUGAUAUAUUUGCGCUGACAACCAUUUCUUAUCGAUACAACGGAUUAAAAGAACAACAUUUGAUCAUUUUA